GCGUGGCCCGCUCUCAGUACAACCUGACGCGAUGCCCGAACGCGGGCUCGGACGCCGACUCCAUGUCCCGCAUCUCGCUCUACCUGGAGGAGAGGCGGAUGCUGCUCAACGCGGCGAGGGAGGGCCAGCUGGUCGACCUGACCCCCGACGAGGCGCCCCCCAGGAGGGUGGAGUUCUACCGGAAGAGGAGCCCCUCGCCCAAGCCCAAGAACGACCCCUACGGCAGGAGGCUGCCGCUCACACCACAAGAAUCCUUAACUUACUACGGCUCCCGUCUAAACAAGUACGAGCGAGCUGAAGUCUCCCAAUAUCCUCAGGUUUGGUACUUGGGUCUCGACGCAAGCAAAAUCGAGGGGGAGCUAAGGGGGGCUCAGAACUGUGGCUACGACGACGACAACGGAUCUUAUAUCAAGGUUUUGCAUGAUCACAUAGCCUACAGGUAUGAGAUCCUUGAAGUCAUAGGCAAAGGUUCUUUUGGCCAGGUAAUAAGAGCACUCGACCAUAGGACGGAUACGCAAGUGGCUCUAAAAAUCAUUCGGAACAAGAAACGGUUUCAUCAGCAAGCACUUGUUGAAGUGAAGAUUUUAGAGCAAGUGACGAAAAAAGACAGAGAUGGAUUUUUUAACGUCAUUCACAUGCUAGAUCAUUUCUAUUUUAGAAACCACCUGUGUAUCACUUUCGAAUUAAUGGGGUGCAACCUCUACGAGUUGAUCAAGAAGAACCAGUAUCAAGGUUUCAGUCUUGGUUUGAUCAGGAGGUUUGCGUUCUCUCUCGUCCAGUGCCUCCGCUUGUUGCACAGAGAAAAUAUCAUCCACUGUGAUCUCAAGCCGGAAAAUAUUCUCUUAAAAAGCCGUGGAAGCAGCUCUAUCAGGGUGAUUGAUUUUGGCAGUUCCUGUUUCAGUAAUCAAAGAGUGUACACAUACAUUCAGUCCAGAUUUUAUAGGUCGCCAGAGGUUAUUCUGGGUCUUCCUUACGGUCCACCGAUUGACAUGUGGAGUCUGGGUUGCAUCUUAGCUGAGCUCUACACCGGCUACCCUCUGUUCCCUGGCGAAAAUGAAGCGGACCAGUUGGCAUGCAUAAUGGAGAUAUUCGGGCCCCCUCCAGCUUCCGUUCUUGAUACAGCCUCGCGAAGGAGACUCUUCUUUGAUUCGAAAGGUGUUCCUAGAACCUUAACAAAUAGUAAAGGUAAGAAAAGAAAGCCGUGUUCCAAAACAUUGGGAGUCGUCAUCGGAUGCAACGACGAAGAUUUCGUCAACUUCCUUUCCAGAUGCUUAGACUGGGAUCCUGAAAAACGGAUGAAACCUGAGGAAGGACAUAGACAUCGCUGGCUCUCUGGAAAUAGAGGUCCAGCUCACAGAAGACCUUCAACAACCUCGACAACAGUCAAGGAGAAUGGUGCAUCCAAGGACAAAAAGGAAUCCAGGAAUAACAAGGACACGAAGAAAGAUUCCAAGACUUCUAAUGGACCAAAAGAAGCCCCUAAAAAAACGACGCAGCCCAGGAAAAUGAGUACCAGCUCGUCGAUGCCACGCGUCUACAAGGCGUGCAAGAGCAACGUCCGACUCCGAGACUCGUCCAGGAAGGACUACAUCUACACCUCCCUGAGCAGGACGUCCUCGGAAGAGUCGUGUGAGUCCGCUCCCUUCUCAUGCCAUUCGGGCCGAUGCGAUGCCACCAAUCGCAUCGUGCCAGCCCUGAGAUUAGGCUGCUCUUGA